AUGAUUCAGAUCAACGCCUAUUCCGUUGGUGUACAACAACUCUGUUCUGAGGGGAAGUUCUUCAACGAAGAUACUGAACAAUGCGAAUCAUGCGCAGAAUGCACACACGCUCAAUUUGAGAGGUGCAUACUCAAGCGGUAUCGUAGCUCGGGCGAUGAAAAGAAAUUUGUGAAGAAAUUCGGAAAGAAAUUUGUGGACUCAAUUUUUGUAGUCGAUGACAAAGUCAUUGAUGAGGCGUGGAACAGAAUGGAAUGGUAUCAAGUUGAGAAUCUGGCUGAGAGCAGCUCAGUGAUCAUGGAAAAAAUAAAAUCACCUGUUUCAAACUGUAAUACCCAAUUGAAGGCGAUCGAUGUCGAAGAGCUUCCUGACCGACGAACUCUACCACCACUGCCGACUGAUGACGAAUAUGAUGAUGAAGAGUAUGAUGAUAACGAUAUUCUCGCUCCUAUUCAACUUGCUCUGCCUUCCUCUGAAGAAGAACUUAUAGGGAAGGUAGAAAAGGAAUUUGAAGAAGAUAAAGUCCAACCUAUAAAUGUAAACGAAGGCAAAAUCGGACAAGAUGAUGAGUUUUCUGACGAAGACAAUGAACUUCUUCAUCACAACGAUCGAAUAAGCAUUGUUGCGAUCGCUUUCCGAAACAAGCAGUGA